CGGAGGACUGGCGGCAAAGCCUGUUGAGUCGAACUGAAUGAGAACGGUGACAGAUCACUAAAAAUACUUACAAGGCGGACCUAUAUGUAGUAUUUUUAUGCACACGAUUUCACGGGAACGGAAAAGAUAUGAAUGCUUUAAUCUGAGCAAGGGAUCAGCUCCUGAACAUCACUCCUCCACCAAGGAUUGGGUACCAUGGCAAAAGAUGCCACUCUGAUUGAAACCAGUGGAGAGCUGAAAGUAUUCAUCGAUCAGAAUCUCAGUCCCACCAAAGGGGUAUUGUCCCUGGUAACCAUCCAGCCUUCCAUCCCUCUGGGAAAGCAGCUGCUGCCCAAAACCCUGGGACCCUCCAACAUCAACGUGGCACCCAUGGUGAUCGGCACGCCCCAGAGAUUGGGCGGCUCCGGCGGGGUCCUGGCAGGCAGCCCACACACGCCCAGUGCCCAGUUCCUCGCCCACGGCCAGCCCGACUCCUCGCCCUGGUCCACCGGGAAGCGCAGUAAGAAGGGUGAGAAGAAUGGGAAGGGCCUGAGGCACUUCUCCAUGAAGGUGUGCGAGAAGGUGCAGAAGAAGGGCGUCACCACCUACAACGAGGUCGCCGACGAGCUGGUGGCCGAGUUCAGCAACGCAGACACGCACAUGUCCCCCACUGACCCGCAUGUCUACGACCAGAAGAACAUUCGGCGCCGCGUCUACGACGCGCUCAACGUGCUGAUGGCCAUGAACAUCAUCUCCAAGGAGAAGAAGGAGAUCCGGUGGAUCGGCCUGCCCACCAACUCGGCCCAGGAGUGCCAGAACAUGGAGGUGGAAAAACAAAGAAGACUUGAAAGAAUCCGAGAGAAACAGUCCCAGCUACAGGAACUCAUUUUACAGCAAAUUGCCUUUAAGAACCUGGUGCAGCGGAACAGGCAGGUAGAGCAGCAGACGAAGCGACCGCCGCCGCCCAACUCUGUCAUUCACCUGCCCUUCAUCAUCGUCAACACCAGCAAGAAGACCGUCAUCGACUGCUCCAUCUCCAAUGACAAGUUUGAGUACCUGUUUAACUUUGACAACAUGUUUGAAAUCCACGACGACAUUGAGGUUCUGAAGCGUAUGGGCCUGGCCUGUGGGCUGGAGGCCGGCCGCUGUUCCCCUGAGGACCUGAGGAGGGUGCGUGGCCUGGUGCCCAAAGCCCUGGAGCCUUACGUCACAGAAAUGGCGCAGGGAGCCAUACGUAACGUCUACAUCACUGGGCGUGUGUCCUCCAACGGGGGGCGCUACCAAACUAGCAGUGAGAGUGGUGCAGACUGUACCCUGGCCUCCAGUUCCAGCGGCUCGCGGGUGCAGACCCCUGUGUCUUACAUGGACGACGACGAUGAGGAGGAAGACUACGACGAGAACGACGAUGAGGACUAGCUCCACUCAUAGUCCUCCAAACUUUCAGGACGUGGUCUCCCCCCACUCAGUGUCUUUCAACCAUUUUUCUUCCUCCCCUCUCUCUCUCCCCCCCCUUUUCUUUUCCUAUACUGAACCUUGCCUCCAGUGUGCUAGACUCAGAAACCCCUCAUAGUAUGCUGGCAUAUGUAGUCUUCAUCUCAAGAAACUUGUGUUUAUGUCACAGAGGGUGGGUUGAAUAUGGGGCUGAUGGGAGCUGAAGUCCUGAAACUGAAAUUUUGUAGUCUACACUGGCUCAGGACCUCACGUGGGCAGCACUGCUGUGCAGUGCCCCCUGCUGUCAGCUCUCACUGCAGACACCCUCACCUCGGUGCGCGAAAGAACACACAGGAUUCCCUCCAGAACAUGGCUACGAAGAAGAAAUAGUAUGGUGACAUGCGUGAAGUAAAGAUUCCUCCAGUUGUGGGGUUUUUUGUUUGUUCUUUGCUUUUUGGUUGUGCUGUGUAGAUGUGUCCACAACCAACCCCUUCCUAGGUGUUUUUACCGAUGUUUUAAGAUGGCCGCCGCUGAAAGAAGCUUCCUGCUAGCUGGAGAGGAGCACAUGCAAGGGCAGACUCCAUGGCUCUUUUUGUUGAUCGAAUGCUGUGUUUUCUUUUCUUUCACCCUGUUUCUCUGUUCGGCCGGCUUCCUGGUGUUUUGCAGGCAGCUGCAUUUGUGACUCGGUUGAGUGUUUUGUUUCUCUCAGGCCCCCAGCCCCAGCUGUUAGUGUUUAUAGUGCAUAAAAUGGUGUCCUAGGAAAAACAAUAACCCACACAGCUCAUGUUUGAAACAUGUAUUUUUUGCUUUGUUUCUGAAAGGACAUAUUCCUAUAAGACCGUCAGUAGUGGAAUGG